CUAUGCCGAGCUGUCUUACAACUUUAGAGUGGGCAAGGAAACCAUCCAGAAGUUUGUCCCUGAUGUAGCCAGAGCGAUAGUGGAUGAGUAUGCUGCAGAAGUCAUCUCCCUCCCCACAACCAAUGAAGGCUGGCUUGAAGUUGCAUGUGAUUUUGAAGCCAGAUGAAAUCUUCCUCACUGUCUGGGAGCCUAUGAUGGAAAGCACAUCCGUCUCCAGAAGCCCAACAAAUCAGGCAGCCUUUACUUCAACUAGAAGCAGUUCUUUUCGGUUGUCCUGAUGGCUCUGGUAGAUUCAAGGUACCAGUUCCUGUGGAUCGAUGUGGGUGGGGUUGGCCAUCAGUCUGAUGCCCAGAUCUACAACAACAGUGAACUGAAGGAGUGCAUUGAAGCUGGCACUUUAGGCAUCCCAGAUCCAGCUUCUCUUCCCCAUGAUGAUGAAGAGCACCCUAUGCCGUACUUCUUCGUGGGAGACGAUGCCUUCGCCAUGAGGACGUACAUGAUGAAGCCCUAUGGCCGUCGUAACAUGGACCAACAGCAGAAGAUCUUCAACUACAGGCUGUCCAGGGCAAGGCGUGUGGUUGAAAAUGCCUUUGGUAUUCUGGCUCUGCGGUUCCAGUGCUUCCUUGGCCAGAUGAGACAGGUCCCAGACACAGUCCGCCUGCUCAUUGAAGCUGCCGUCAUGCUGCACAACCUCAUCAGGAAGCGCUACCAGGCAGUGGACGUCCGCAUGUUGGACCAGGAGGAUGCCCAGCACAACCUCAUCCCUGGAGCUUGGAGAACUGCCGCCACACUGGGAGAAAGUCCUGUUGUUGUUAAUUUAAAAUUUGUUUUGGCAUUGCAGUCAGAAAUGACUAUUUAUGCCAGCUAA